AUGAAUCCUCAAAUGAAUUACAGACAGUAUGCGCAGCCGCAAGGUAGAACGCCGCAAGCCCGACGACCUGUUGCCUAUCCCGGAGGUGCCCCGAACCCUAUGGUUGCAGCCCAACAAGCUGCUCAGCGUGAACAAGCAGCCAUUAUGGAAGCCCAGGCAAAACAGCGAAUCGCAGCAGCCGAUCACCAGAGAGCCCAGCGUAUUGCGCGAAAGCCUACCGAUCUCGAUCUCCCUGAUAGUCUCGAGGAAAUCGUCAUUGGCGAUGGCGUCCAGCAGUACAAUGCACUACGUGAAGCGGAAAAGCGAUUGGACGCCAUCAUGAUGCGAAAGAGACUGGAAUAUAUGGACAGCGCCAGCAGAAAUACCAAGCACUUCAAGACUAUGCGCAUCUGGGUUUCCAACACUGUCGAAGAUCAAUUCUGGCAGACGGAAUGGCCUGAAGGCGACACUUUCAGAUUGGAAGAUAUCAAGACCCCUACCUACCGAGUCCGAAUUCACGGUAUGUUACUCGAGUACAAGGAGGAUGAUAUCAGCUACCGAAGUGACGACGAGGACGAAGACGAAGUCGAAGGAGAGUCGUCAUCACCCAAGAAGAAGAAACCGAAGACGAAGACUUUGAUCGACCCCCCGUCUCGCCCGUUUGGCUGGUUCUGGAAGGACAUGCACGUCGAGUUCGAGGGUCAGAACCCUGACUACACUCUUGAUGAGAAUGUCACGGUGAACUGGAAGAAGACUCCCGAAAGCGCGGACGUCGACACCAUCUACUUCAAGCGCAGAGGCGACCACAACCAGAACAUCACCAUCUGCCUCACUCGGGACGAGCAACCUGAACGAUUCCGGCUGAGUAAAGCCCUAGCAGACGCCUUGGACAUGGAAGAAGCAGAUCGAGCUGAAGUGGUCAUGGGACUGUGGGAGUACGUCAAAUUCUUCAAUCUGCAGGAAGACGACGAACGUCGGACCAUUCGAUGCGACAACAACCUUCGCCAAAUCUUCGGCACAGACACCAUCUUCUUCCCACAAGUGCCUGAGCGCAUCCUCGCCCAUCUCCACCCUCUACCGCCCGUCAAACUACAUUUCACGAUUCGCGUCGACGAAGAGUUUCAUAAGAACCCCGAACCAACCGUCUACGAUGUACAGGUCAUGGUCGAAGACCCGCUGCGUGCAUUGGUGAUCAAGAACACGAACAGCCCUGAAAACAUUGCACGAAACCGUGAAAUCUCAAGGAUCAACGAUGAGAUUGCAGUGCUGAUGCAAGCUAUUCGUCAUUCCAAGGCCCGAUGGAAGUUCUUCACCGCCAUGGCCAAAGACCCCAUCGGCACUACCCAGAAAUGGCUCGCGUCUCAGAAGCGUGACCUCAGCGUUAUUCUUGGUGAGCCUGAAAAGGGCGAUGUCGCUGGCCUUGAAUUCAUGACCGAAGUCUGGGACAGUGAUAUAGUCCGAGAAGCUGUACGUUACAGACUUGCGAAGAUGGACGUUGGUGGUGGAAGUAGAGCUUGA